AUGAAAUUUCGCCAGCGUCUGGCUUGGCUUUUGUUAACCAUCUUUCUUGGAUUAUCGUUUGCGUUUGCCUAUUAUGUUUUUGAGAUUAACGACCAGUUCAACCACAUGGCUCUGGAGCAUGUGCAGGUGCAACAUGGCGGUGACACGAGAGCGGGAACUUUCUUGGAACACGUGACUCAUCUGCCGUUAGCAGUUUGGCUGCUUAUAUUUCUUGUGUUUGGUUUGCUGCUGGCCUGCACCAGACCCGAGCCCCGCCUUAGCCUCGCCUACAUAUGGCCAGGUACUCUGUUUGUCAAAUCCAGAAAACUUCUGCGACGAUACCAACCUCACGAUGGAAAAGCAAUUAACUCAAGAGUCGUGUUCAAUGGUCAUGUGGUCGUUUUCGAUGCAUGA